ACCCUCCUCCUCCUCCAUCCCUCCCACCUCCCCUCCUCUUCCCUCCUUCUCUCCCUUGCAGCCCUCCUUCCUGUUGCCAUCUACGCUUGGAGACGUUUUUUCAGAGCCUUUUAUUCCUCUCCUCGCCAUCCCUCUCUCCACUCUGUCACACCAUCCCACAGUCCCUCCCAUUGCUCCUUUAAUUGUGUCUUUACAACUUCUCUCCCCUUCGCUCCCACUCGGCGCUGAGAAAUACUUCACCUCAGCUGGAUGAAGAUGCCCGACGCGACACGCGGCUGAGAGUUGAGUAUUUUUGCGCGCUUGGAGAUGUGGAGGGUGUGUGUGACUGCGUGGUUGUGUGUUUAGGAAAUGAGGGGGGCGUGUGUUGUUGAGUUGUGAACACAGCAGUGCAACAGCUGGAUCAGCAGUCCGCCUGUCCCUCCGUGCAGCGCCGCAGGAUGUCUCAAGAGGGAUCAUCACAGUAAGUCUAGUAGUGAAACGUUCAUGAUGCCUUCACUGUCCGGGGUUGGAUUUUCUCUUUUCUGUCUCCUUUUGUUCUGGAGGAGAACAGCAGCUCAAAGUGUGGAGGUGCGAUGCUCUGUGGGGGGUCCAGUGGGGGAGCUGCACCCUGUUCAGGGUCUGCUGGAGAGGUUUGAUGCUGGUCCGGGCUGUGCUGCUCGAGAACGCGGGAACAAGGAAACUCAUGUCAUUGCAGUGGGGAGAGUGACAAACAGCCUUGAAAACAAGGUGACGGUGUUGCUGAAGCCUUUAUCUCUGACCCCCUCCCCUCUCAGAGCCUUCCACCUGUUGCUCAGCUCCAAGCUCCCGCUCACCUGGUGGCUGGAGGCUGAGAGACUGCCCCCCAACCUCCCAGUGCUGGUGCAGGUGUCCUCCAACUCGAGCGUGCAUUCCAGCAACCUGCAUUUGCACAUCCAAACGGUGCAUUCGCUGCCUUUUCGUCCACGUGCGCUGCACCGCUGGGCUCUGAAGCACCACGGCAACCUGUCCUCUCUGACACAUACAGCACAAGGCAAUCGAGUCUACGUCCCGCUGGGGGAGGACCCAACUCUGCCUGCUGUCUGCCAGCUGCAGUCCAUGUUCCUCUCUCACAGCUACAUGACCUCUGACCUGCAGCAACAGGAAGUGCGGGGUUGCGCCGAGUCGCCAGCAGGUGGGAUGAGCCCUGAAGUCCACAUGAUCAAGCUCCAUUCAGCGGGCUCAGGGCUCUGUGGCUCUCUCCAAGUGGAGGUGAUUGUCUCUCUCGUGCCCCUUGUGGCCAACUCAAAGACCCAGAAGGUUGUACUGAUUCUCAGCAGCUCGGUGCCAGUCAACUGGGCCAUUGUUGCUCACGGUGUGCGGGGUCAUAUCUCCGUUCAUUCCUCCAACAGUGUAUCCCCACCCUACCCACCUGAGCCUGACCUGACCCUGUCCAGUACACUGAACUCUGACCUGUCCACCAUCUCGGAUCUGCUUGCAUGGGCCAGUGAGAGCGGCUACCCCAGGGUGACCUCAUACACUGAGGCUGACCUGGCCAAUCGCUUUGUGAUCCAGCUGGCUGGGGGCGGGACAGACGUGGUUGCAGAGAUGAAUCCUCUGGUUGUGAGGCCUCCCUGGGCGGAGGAGCACAGGCUGAGGCAGUGGCUGAACGGCGGAGGCAAAGCAGGAGGAGGUCGAGAGAGUUUCACAGUGCAGUGUGAGGACGGACGCCUCAGCGUGACCGUGGACCAACACAUCCUGCAGAGCUUUUCUGUCCCUGUGGCUGCUGUGACCUUACGUGACUCGACGUGCCAGGCUCAGUCCAAUGGGAGCCAUUUCCUGUUGGCGUUCCCAGUCAUUUCCUGUGGGACUGAGGGUCUGCUCCUGGGACAGCCCAGAGGGGUGCAGUACAAAAACAUGGUGUUAUUAUGGAGAGACAAACCUGAGACCAUUCUCGCCCUCAAUGACACAGAGAAGAAGUCCAAAAGUCCACUAGGCAUACAUUUCAGCUGUUUUGCUGCAGUCCCCACCCUCCCCGGCCCCCCUGCACACAGUGAUGAUGUUAAUGUAAACACUCCUCAGGCAGGGCCGGUCCCCUGGGCACCCAAGGGUCCAGGGCCUGAUACAGGAAUGAGCCACGUACCGAUACCCAGACGCAGACCUGGGCCUGUUCUUAUUUUGAAGCUGUUUGUCACAGAGAGCUACGAGCAGGGACGGGUUGGCCCCUGCGUCAUAACUGCAGACCACCGUGUCUAUGUUGAGAUCUCAGCCAAAGGGCCCCUCAUAGAAGUCGUGGAUGUGAACUCAUGUGUGGUCUCUCCCCUGUCGGACCCAAAAAAGUCUCGUUUCUGGACUGUCAUAAGCGACGGAUGUUCCUCAAACCCCUCACUGACCCUAGAUGGAAAUGAUGAAGAGGACAAAGAGGCAGAAGGUGAUGGGGAACUGGAAGAGGAGAAGGAAGAGAUGGAGGGACUGGAAAAAGGCAGAACUCAUGAGAGAGGUGGGGGAGUCUUACUCCGACACAAAGGUGAAAGAAGAAGGGGAGAAGCACCAGAAAGUGUGGUAACAGAGGAGGAGAUACAGUCUUUGAGAUUUAGUUUCAUCCUGCGGCCAGUUUAUAAUGACCCUAUGCAGUUCCUCCACUGCAGCCUCCGCCUUUGUGUCUCUGACUCAACAAGAGGGGAACCCAUGAAGGAAACAGUCAAGAAUGACUGUAAGGACGGGAUACGUAUCCCUCCACUUGUAUCUAGAUCACACAGACAUCAGUGUGAGAUCAGAAACCUCUCCAGGCCGAUGGUGGUCACUCAGCAUAUUAGUGCACCCAAACAGCUGAGGCCCCCUGUUGGCCAAAGGACCAAGAGACUGAGCGCAGUGGAGAGUCCAGACCCAGAGCACAUCAGCUCUGUGGUGCAGACAGGACCAGUGAUGGGAAUCGUCUUUGCUGCCUUUGUGAUGGGUGUCGGUCUGAUGGGGGGGCUGUGGUGCAUCUACUAUUACACAGGAGCACGCUCAGCAUCACUUGGAGAAGGAGGUCAUUUAACAGACCAGGCUCACGGAGUUCACAACAUCUGGAAUCCCUCCCCGUCUGAUCAGUCUUCCAGCUCGGUGUAG